AUGAAGAGAAAUCUGUCAAGUUGGAAGAAUUCCCCUCUAAAUCCAGCUGGAAGAGAAGUUAUAAUAAAAUCUGUCACCUCCACAGCCAGCAUUUAUCAAAUGAACUGCUUCAGAAUACCUAAGAAAACUUGUCAAGAUAUGAACAACUUACAAAUAGAUUUCUUUUGGGGAAAAAAUCUGGAACACCCCACUGGGUUCUACCCAAAAGCUUGGACAACUAUAUGCAAACCAAAGGAUCUUGGUGGAUUAGGGUUCAUGAAUAUGGAACUCUUUAAUAGUGCCAUGAUAACAAAAAUAGGAUGGAGGCUGGAACAGGAUAAGGACUCUCUCUGGUACAAAUUGAUAGAUUCCAAAUACUUAUUGGGGAGAAAUGUUCUAAACAUGAAUACCAAAGCCAAAGAUGGAGACUCAUGGAUUUGGAAAGGGGUUCUUGAAGGAAUUCAGAAUAUACAACACCACUGUAUCUGGAGAAUAGGCAAUGGUAACAAAAUCAAAAUCUGGGAGGACCUUAGGAUACCUGACUCAACUGACAAGCUCAAAAAGCCUGCACACUUCCCCACUGAUAUACAACUGCUUGCUCAUUUAAUGACAGAUCAAAAGGAAUGGAAUUUCCAACUCAUUCAGCAAAUUUUCAAUCCUGGUACUGCUCAAGUCAUUAGUGACCUUGUUAUCCACUCCAGGGAAGAAGACAACAUGCACUGGAAACUCAACAGCACAGGAAAAUUCUCUGUUAAAGCUUUGUACAAAGCCAAAAUACAGAACCUGUAUAGAAAUGAUCAUACAACAAGAAACUGA